AUGAUAAUUAAUAUAUCAACCUCCAAGAAGAGGGAUGAUCCACGGUGGAUGGAUGGGAAAAUGUUAUCGUUACAAAUAAGAACGUCGCCGGGUUGUACUUUAUACGAUCUUCUGAUCGGCCAAAAGGUGGAAAUGGCUCAACAUACAUCCAACGAUGAACAAAAAUCACAAAAGAAUGUGGUGGAUAGUAAAUCUGAAAUUACUAAUACACCAGGUAAAAUGUUUGUCGUCAAACGUGAUGGUACUCGUGUAGCAGUAUGUAAUAGACCAACCUCAACUCAACUAUACUUUUAUAAAAAAGAGAUAGAUGUAAAAUAUGAUAAGAUUACAACAAGAUUACAAUAUUUAUGUGAUUUGGAACCAAAAUUGGAUACCAAUAUAAUUGAUCCAUCCGAGAUUACACAAAAGGUGGCCAGUGGAGUAUUCCCAGGUGUAAAGACCACUGAAUUGGACAAUUUGGCUGCAGAGACUGCUGCCUACAUGUCGACCAAGCACCCAGACUAUGCCGUCUUGGCUGCACGUAUUGCAGUGUCCAACUUGCACAAACAGACACACGAAUCCUUUUUAGAGACCGUCAAGCUCCAACACGGAUACGUGUCACCCAAGACUGGCGCACCAGCCCCACUAGUAUCCGACGAGAUUUUGGCACUGGCCAACAAACACGUCGAUCGUAUCGAGGCUGCCAUAAAGUAUACUCGUGACUUUGAGUAUGACUUUUUCGGUUUCAAGACACUCGAACGUUCCUAUUUGCACCGUGUCAAUGAUAUGAUCAUCGAACGUCCCCAACACUUGUUGAUGCGUGUCUCACUUGGUAUCCACGGUGACGACAUUGACGCUGCCAUUGACACGUACGACCAAUUGUCAAACCGUUACUUUACGCAUGCCACCCCAACCCUCUUUAACGCUGGCACCAACUCGCCUCAAAUGUCGAGUUGUUUCCUCGUGCAGAUGAAGGACGACUCGAUCGAAGGUAUUUAUGACACGCUCAAGCAAUGUGCCCUCAUUUCCAAGAGUGCCGGUGGUAUUGGUAUCGCCGUGCACAAGAUCCGUGCCGCACGAUCCUAUAUCCGUGGAACCAACGGUACUAGCAACGGUUUGGUGCCAAUGCUACGUGUGUUUAACGAUACUGCCCGUUAUGUCGACCAAGGUGGAGGCAAGAGAAAGGGUGCGUUUGCUGUCUACCUCGAACCAUGGCACUCGGACAUUUUCGAGUUUCUCGACCUUAAAAAGAACCACGGUAAAGAAGAGAUGCGUGCCCGUGACCUCUUUUACGCACUCUGGGUAUCCGAUCUCUUUAUGGAACGUGUCGAACAGAAUGCCGAGUGGUCGUUGUUUUGUCCAAACGAAGCUCCUGGAUUGGCCGAUUGCUACGGCGACAAGUUCCGCGAUCUCUACCUUUCCUACGAGCAGACUCCUGGAUUAGCCCGUAAGGUGGUCAAGGCACAAGACCUCUGGUUUGCCAUCAUCGACUCGCAAAUCGAGACUGGUACCCCAUACAUCCUCUACAAGGACGCUUGCAAUGAAAAGUCCAACCAAAAGAACCUUGGCACUAUUCAAUGCUCCAAUCUCUGUACCGAGAUUAUCCAGUACACUUCAGCCGACGAAGUAGCCGUUUGCAACCUUGCAUCGAUUGCUCUACCAAAGUUUGUCAAGCGUAGUUCGCCAUCGGCCGUCGCUUCAUUUGACCAUAACCAUCUCGCCGAAAUCACCCGUAUCAUUACACGUAACCUCAACAAGAUCAUUGACCGUAAUUUCUACCCAGUCGAAGAAGCUCGUCGUUCCAACAUGCGUCAUCGUCCAACCGGCAUUGGAAUUCAAGGUUUGGCCGACGUCUUUAUCGCUCUCCGUAUGCCAUUUGACUCACCAGCUGCCGCCGUCCUCAACAAGGAGAUUGCCGAAACCAUCUACUAUGCUUCCCUUGACGCAUCGUGUCAAUUGGCCGAGCGCGACGGUCCAUACGAGACCUUUGCAGGUUCGCCCGCUUCCCAAGGUAUCCUACAAUUUGACAUGUGGGAUGUCCAACCAUCUGCCCGUUGGGACUGGGCCGCUCUCAAACAACGUAUCGUCAAACACGGUCUACGUAACUCGUUGCUCGUCGCACCCAUGCCAACAGCAUCCACCUCACAGAUUCUCGGCAACAAUGAGUGUUUUGAACCAUACACUAGCAACAUUUACUCGCGCAAGGUCUUGGCCGGCGAGUUUACCGUCGUCAACAAGCAAUUGCUCCAGGAUCUCAUGGCACUUGGUUUGUGGACUCCCGAAAUGAAGAACCAAAUCAUUGCUAACCGUGGGUCGGUACAAAACGUCCAAGGUAUCCCCGACGACCUCAAAGAGCUGUACAAGUCGGCUUGGGAGAUUCGUCAACGUACACUCAUUGAUAUGGCUGCCGACAGAGGUGCCUUUAUCGACCAAAGUCAGUCGUUCAACGUGUUUAUUGCCGAACCAAACUUUGCCAAACUCACCUCUAUGCAUUUCUACGCCUGGAAGAAGGGUCUCAAGACUGGUAUGUACUACCUCCGUACUCGUGCCGCUGCCGACGCCAUCCAAUUCACCGUCGAUCAACAAAUGCUCACUCAAACCAAAGCCAACGCCGCCGCUGCCGCCGAACAACAACUCUUGGCUGAUGGCACUGUUGUCCCUGUCACUGUCAAUGCCGAUGGAUCCAUCAAGACACCAACAAAGACACCAACCAGAAUCAAUCCAACUUCUCCCAACACUCAAGUUGUCAGUCCACUAAGAUUCAACCCUAAUCAACCAACCUCAACUGAAGAUUAUGGUGAUGGUGCUGUUUGUCGUCGUGAACAAGGUUGUAUUAGUUGUGGUUCCUAA